AUGGAGCAGAGGCGCAGAGAACUACACAGCAGUAAUGCUGCUGGUGCUGUGAAUGAUGGGACGGCAGCUGCUACCUUCCUCGCUCCUACCUCCCUCCCGCGUGCUGCUGCUGGCGCUGUGAAUGAUGGGACGGCAGCUGCUACCUUCCUCGCUCCUACCUCCCUCCCACAUGCUGCUGCUGGUGCUGUGAAUGAUGGGACGGCAGCUGCUACCUUCCUCGCUCCUACCUCCCUCCCACAUGCUGCUGCUGGUGCUCGAGCAGAAGAGAGGCCCGCAGUGGGACCAGCGGUGGCAGCAGCAGUGGGAGCAGAAGAGAGGCCCGCAGUGACGUUACUGGUUUCAGCAGGCGUGGCAGCAGAAGGGAAUGCAAGCAGUGGUACCAGCGGUGGGAGCAGCAGUGUCAGCAGAAGAGAAGGCCACUCUUCCCGUGUGCUACUGCUGAGGAGCAGAGGAGCAGAAGUGGGAGAAAAUGAUGCUGCCUCCCUCCCAUGUGCUGCUGCAGAGGAGCAGAGGAGACGACUGGCACCUGCUGGGAGAGGAGUCCACUGCAGGAGAGGUGAUGCUGCCUCCCUUCCUGUGUGCUACUGCAGAGGAACAGAGGAGCAGCAGUGGGAGAAGAUGAUGCUGCCUCCCUCCUGUGUGCUACUGCUGGCACCUGCUGGGAUAGGACUCCACUGCAGGAGAGGUGAUGAGCAGGUGAAUAGAGCAGAGGAGGAGGAGGAGCUGAGGAGAGGAGGCGUGCAUUGGAGGAGGCAAAGGAGAAUCCCCUGCCACUGCCGAGGAGGAGGAGGAGAUGCAUCAGAGGAGGAGGAGCUGAGAGACAUGGAGCGUUGGAGAGACAUGGAGCGUUGGAGAGACAUGGAGCGUUGGAGAGACAUGGAGCGUUGGAGAGACAUGGAGCGUUGGAGAGACAUGGAGCGUUGGAGAGACAUGGAGCGUUGGAGAGACAUGGAGCGUUGGAGAGACAUGGAGCGUUGGAGAGACAUGGAGCGUUGGAAAGACAUGGAGCGUUGGAGAGACAUGGAGCGUUGGAGAGACAUGGAGCGUUGGAGAGACAUGGAGCGUUGGAGAGACAUGGAGCGUUGGAGAGACAUGGAGCGUUGGAGAGACAUGGAGCGUUGGAGAGACAUGGAGCGUUGGAGAGACAUGGAGCGUUGGAGAGACAUGCAGCGUUGGAGAGACAUGCAGCGUUGGAGAGAGAUGGAGCGUUGGAGAGACAUGGAGCGUUGGAGAGACAUGGAGCGUUGGAGAGACAUGGAGCGUUGGAGAGACAUGGAGCGUUGGAAAGACAUGAAGCGUUGGAGAGACAUGGAGCGUUGGAGAGACAUGGAGCGUUGGAGAGACAUGGAGCGUUGGAGAGACAUGGAGCGUUGGAGAGACAUGGAGCGUUGGAGAGACAUGGAGCGUUGGAGAGACAUGGAGCGUUGGAGAGACAUGGAGCGUUGGAGAGACAUGGAGCGUUGGAGAGACAUGGAGCGUUGGAGAGACAUGGAGCGUUGGAGAGACAUGGAGCGUUGGAGAGACAUGGAGCGUUGGAGAGACAUGGAGCGUUGGAGAGACAUGGAGCGUUGGAGAGACAUGGAGCGUUGGAGAGACAUGGAGCGUUGGAGAGACAUGGAGCGUUGGAGAGACAUGGAGCGUUGGAGAGACAUGGAGCGUUGGAGAGACAUGGAGCGUUGGAGAGACAUGGAGCGUUGGAGAGACAUGCAGCGUUGGAGAGACAUGCAGCGUUGGAGAGACAUGGAGCGUUGGAGAGACAUGGAGCGUUGGAGAGACAUGGAGCGUUGGAGAGACAUGGAGCGUUGGAGAGACAUGGAGCGUUGGAGAGACAUGGAGCGUUGGAGAGACAUGGAGCGUUGGAGAGACAUGGAGCGUUGGAGAGACAUGGAGCGUUGGAGAGACAUGGAGCGUUGGAGAGACAUGGAGCGUUGGAGAGACAUGGAGCGUUGGAGAGACAUGGAGCGUUGGAGAGACAUGGAGCGUUGGAGAGACAUGCAGCGUUGGAGAGACAUGGAGCGUUGGAGAGACAUGGAGCGUUGGAGAGACAUGGAGCGUUGGAGAGACAUGGAGCGUUGGAAAGAUAUGAAGCGUUGGAGAGACAUGGAGCGUUGGAGAGACAUGGAGCGUUGGAGAGACAUGGAGCGUUGGAGAGACAUGGAGCGUUGGAGAGACAUGGAGCGUUGGAGAGACAUGGAGCGUUGGAGAGACAUGGAGCGUUGGAGAGACAUGGAGCGUUGGAAAGACAUGGAGCGUUGGAGAGACAUGGAGCGUUGGAGAGACAUGGAGCGUUGGAGAGACAUGGAGCGUUGGAGAGACAUGGAGCGUUGGAGAGACAUGGAGCGUUGGAGAGACAUGGAGCGUUGGAGAGACAUGGAGCGUUGGAGAGACAUGCAGCGUUGGAGAGACAUGGAGCGUUGGAGAUGCAUGGAGCGUUGGAGAGACAUGGAGCGUUGGAGAGACAUGGAGCGUUGGAGAGACAUGGAGCGUUGGAGAGACAUGGAGCGUUGGAGAGACAUGCAGCGUUGGAGAGACAUGCAGCGUUGGAGAGACAUGGAGCGUUGGAGAGACAUGGAGCGUUGGAGAGACAUGGAGCGUUGGAGAGACAUGGAGCGUUGGAAAGACAUGAAGCGUUGGAGAGACAUGGAGCGUUGGAGAGACAUGGAGCGUUGGAGAGACAUGGAGCGUUGGAGAGACAUGGAGCGUUGGAGAGACAUGGAGCGUUGGAGAGACAUGGAGCGUUGGAGAGACAUGGAGCGUUGGAGAGACAUGGAGCGUUGGAGAGACAUGCAGCGUUGGAGAGAGAUGGAGCGUUGGAGAGACAUGGAGCGUUGGAGAGACAUGGAGCGUUGGAGAGACAUGGAGCGUUGGAGAGACAUGGAGCGUUGGAGAGACAUGGAGCGUUGGAGAGACAUGGAGCGUUGGAGAGACAUGGAGCGUUGGAAAGACAUGAAGCGUUGGAGAGACAUGGAGCGUUGGAGAGACAUGGAGCGUUGGAGAGACAUGGAGCGUUGGAGAGACAUGGAGCGUUGGAGAGACAUGGAGCGUUGGAGAGACAUGGAGCGUUGGAGAGACAUGGAGCGUUGGAGAGACAUGGAGCGUUGGAGAGACAUGGAGCGUUGGAGAGACAUGCAGCAUUGGAGAGACAUGGAGCGUUGGAGAGACAUGGAGCGUUGGAGAGACAUGGAGCGUUGGAGAGACAUGGAGCGUUGGAGAGACAUGGAGCGUUGGAGAGACAUGGAGCGUUGGAGAGACAUGGAGCGUUGGAAAGACAUGAAGCGUUGGAGAGACAUGGAGCGUUGGAGAGACAUGGAGCGUUGGAGAGACAUGGAGCGUUGGAGAGACAUGGAGCGUUGGAGAGACAUGCAGCGUUGGAGAGACAUGCAGCGUUGGAGAGACAUGGAGCGUUGGAGAGACAUGGAGCGUUGGAGAGACAUGGAGCGUUGGAGAGACAUGGAGCGUUGGAGAGACAUGGAGCGUUGGAAAGACAUGAAGCGUUGGAGAGACAUGGAGCGUUGGAGAGACAUGGAGCGUUGGAGAGACAUGGAGCGUUGGAGAGACAUGGAGCGUUGGAGAGACAUGGAGCGUUGGAGAGACAUGGAGCGUUGGAGAGACAUGCAGCGUUGGAGAGACAUGCAGCGUUGGAGAGACAUGGAGCGUUGGAGAGACAUGGAGCGUUGGAGAGACAUGGAGCGUUGGAGAGACAUGGAGCGUUGGAGAGACAUGGAGCGUUGGAAAGACAUGAAGCGUUGGAGAGACAUGGAGCGUUGGAGAGACAUGGAGCGUUGGAGAGACAUGGAGCGUUGGAGAGACAUGGAGCGUUGGAGAGACAUGGAGCGUUGGAGAGACAUGGAGCGUUGGAGAGACAUGGAGCGUUGGAGAGACAUGGAGCGUUGGAGAGACAUGGAGCGUUGGAGAGACAUGCAGCGUUGGAGAGACAUGGAGCGUUGGAGAGACAUGGAGCGUUGGAGAGACAUGGAGCGUUGGAGAGACAUGGAGCGUUGGAGAGACAUGGAGCGUUGGAAAGACAUGAAGCGUUGGAGAGGCAUGGAGCGUUGGAGAGACAUGGAGCGUUGGAGAGACAUGGAGCGUUGGAGAGACAUGGAGCGUUGGAGAGACAUGGAGCGUUGGAGAGACAUGGAGCGUUGGAGAGACAUGGAGCGUUGGAGAGACAUGGAGCGUUGGAAAGACAUGGAGCGUUGGAGAGACAUGGAGCGUUGGAGAGACAUGGAGCGUUGGAGAGACAUGGAACGUUGGAGAGACAUGGAGCGUUGGAGAGACAUGGAGCGUUGGAGAGACAUGGAGCGUUGGAGAAGGAGAAGGUCAAAGGAGAAGAGAACCGCGCAGCUGCGAUUCCCCCCAACGCUGCUGGCCGCAGAGAGGAUAGAAGGCACAGAGGGGAGAAGGCACACAGGCACGGCUUGGUGGCAGCAGCAGUGGGAGCAGAAGAGAGGCCCGCAGAGACAUUACUGGUUUCAGCAGGCGUGGCAGCUGAAGGGAAUGCAUGCAGUGGUACCAGCGGUGGCAGCAGCAGAGUCAGCAGAAGAGAAGGCCACCCUUCCUGUGUGCUACUGCAGAGGAGCAGAGGAGCAGCAGCGGGAGAAAGUGAUGCUGCCUCCCUCCCGUGUGCUACUCCAGAGGAGCAGAGGAGACGGAGGAGGAGGAGGAGGAGGAGGAGGAGAUGCAUCAGAGGAGGAGGAGAUGCAUCAGAGGAGGAGGAGAUGCAUCAGAGGAGGAGGAGAUGCAUCAGAGGAGGAGGAGAUGCAUCAGAGGAGGGGAAGUGAUGGUGCUGCUACCUUCCUCGCUCCCACCUCCCUCCCGCGUGCUGCUGCUGGAGCAGAGGAGACGGCUGGCACCUGCUGGGAGAGGAGCAGCGGAGGCGAAGGAGGAUUCCCGGCCAUUGCCACUGCCAGUGAGAAUGGGCUGGGAGAGGAUUCCCGGCUGGGAGAGGAGCAGAGGGGACGACUGGCACCUGCUGGGAGAGGAGCAGAGGGGACGACUGGCACCUGCUGGGAGAGGAGGCCACUGCAGGAGAGUGAGCAGAGCAGAAGAGAGGCCCGCAAUAGCAGUGGGAGCAGAAGAGAGGUCUGCAGUGAAGAGAGGUCUGCAGUGGGACAUUACUGGUUUCAGCAGCCGUGGCAGCAGAAGGGAAUGCAAGCAGUGGUAGCAGCAAUGUCAGCAGAAGAGAAGGCCACCCUUCCCGUGUGCUACUGCAGAGGAGCAGAGGAGCAGCAGUGGGAGAAAAUGAUGCUGCCUCCCUCCCGUGUGCAGAAGAGAAGGCCACUGCAGGAGAGUGACACCAGCGGUGGGAGUAGGGGAGAGGCAUGCGGCGACACUACCGGUGGCAGCAACAGUGCGAUCAGAAAGAUGACGACAUCAAUGCAGAAUGAGAAGGCCAGCAGUGACACCAGCAGUGGCAGCAGCACUGGAGGGGGAGUGGUGCUGCAGUGGAGGGGGAGUGGUGCAGAGGAGGAGCAGAUGAGAUGCAUCAGGGGAGGAGGAGCAAAGGAGAUGCAUCAGAGGAGGAGGAGCAGCUGA